AUGGCAGCUACAGCUGUAUCCACAGGCGAUCAAUACACUGUUGCCGACGCUUCAAUGGACAUUGACAUGGAUCUUGACCUGGGCCCGGAGCCCGAGCCCGAACCCGAGGCUGAACCCAUCCAGACCGAUGCGAUCACCCAAGAACCAGCCAUUGACCCGCUCACCGAGGAGGCGUUAUACGAAAAAGUCCACGUUCGUGGCGUCGACGAAUUAUUGACCGAUGAUAUUAAGCAAUUCGCCAGCAGUCACUUUGCGACAGAGACUCCAUCGCGUGUUGAAUGGAUCGACGAUACCUCUGCCAACUUGAUCUACUCCUCUCCCGACAUCGGUCUCCAGGCGUUGGCAGCCCUCACACAGGUCACAGAGGAGGAAGACGCCUCAGCCCUGCCACCUUUACGCUUACGGUCGGCCAAGCUCCUCGCAUCUCAUCCGGAGUCCGUUCUACUCGUACGAUCCGCCGUUAAGUCCGACCGCAAACAAGCGCGUGCAUAUGAAAAGAGUCGUUUCUACCUGAUGCACCCUGAGCACGAUCCCCGCGAGCGCCUACGUGAUGAACUCUCACACCGAAGACGAGAUGAUGACGAGGAAGGCUAUCGACGCCGCCGAUUUGAUGAUCGCGAACUGCGCCGGCGCAAGGACCGCGACCAGGAUCAGUUUGGUGCCAAUAUGUACGACGAUCAACCGGCGAGCCACUCCGACUCGGAACGUGGCCGUGGGAGUCGGAGGCGUCGUGGCCAACAGGACUUAUUCCCCGAUGAUGAUCGUGCUUCUGGACGGCUUCGCAACCGUAGUGCUUCUCCAGGUCGGGACACUCUUGAUGAAGCAGAACGUGUCGAUCGAUCGAACGAUACUCGCAGGCGAUUCCGCGAGCGAUCUCCGCAGCUUGACCGUCGGAACAAAGGCAAGGAGCUCUUUGCAGGAAGUGGGGACUCUAGUGGACGAGAAUUAUUCCCCAACAAGCCAACCUCCAGCUACAUUAAAAAGGAGCUUUUCCCUAGCAAAGCAAGCAACCACCGUCGAUCGGACGCAUUCGAUGCUUCAGAAGACGCAACAGAUCUUGGACGAAGGAUCACAGUUCCUGGAAACCGUGGGGUUGAGCUUUUCCCCGACUCCAGCUCCCGUAAUGAAGAAGACCAAGGCUUUGCGAUUCGAGGCGCAUCGCACGGCAUGUCAAUCAAAGGCCGGGGCGCUUCCGUCCGUGAGCUGUUCCCGGACAAGUUCAACCAAAAUAAAAAUGCCGGAAAGGAGUUAUUCGAUGAAACGCUGGAAGGGCGUGGUGGGCGCCGACGGAGAGCGGAGGACAUGUUCAGCUGA